CAAAUUAUAUGAUAGCAAGGGGUGUAAUAUCAAACAUAUCCAAUAGCAUUCGGCGUAGAAUUACAGAAUUAAUUAAGCGAUGAGUCUCGAAUUGUUGCCGGGAGACUGCUUUGCCCACAUCCUAGCAUUUGCAUCUCCUAGAGAUGCAUGUCGGUGUUCCGUUGUGUCGCCUGGUAUUCGAUCAUUGACUGACUCGGAUGCUGUAUGGGAUAACUUUUUGCCAUACGAUUACCGAGAAAUAAUCGCCAGAAUGGUGACCCCGGAUGUGUUCCGCUCCAAGAAGGAAAUCUUCAUGAAGCUCUGCGAACCGCUUCUAAUUGAUGGAGGCACGAAGACAUUUUGGAUAGACAAGUCUACGGGAAAGAAGUGUUACAGGUUGAAUGCCAAGCACCUUUCAAUCACAUUGGCAGAGAAUCCUCUCUUCUGGUCCUGGAAGCCCCACCCUCAAUCGAGAUUUUCAGAAGUUGCAGAGCUUAGAACGAUAUGGUGGCUCGAGAUAAAGGGAAUGGUGAAAACCAUAAUGUUGUCACCCGACACCCUCUAUGGUGUUUACCUGAUUUUGCAGCUCGCUGAUCGGGCUUAUGGGUUAGACUGCCUAGCGUCUGAGAUAAUCCUUGAAUUCGGCAGCUUCAAAUUGCUUGGGACAGUUCAUCUUUGCCGCUACAGGUGCAAGGAACAGGUGGGGGACUGCACAAGUCACCGGAAUCGAAACCGAAUGUUGGGAUCGAGUCUUCCAGAAGGAAUGCCCUGUGAGAGGGAAGAUGGGUGGAUGGAAGUCGAAAUCGGGGCAUUUUACAGAAACCACGGAGGUGAUGAGGACCAAAACGUGAAGAUCUGCCUCAGAGAGAUCAAGGGCCAGCACCUGAAAGGUGGACUUAUUGUUGAAGGAUUGGAAAUCAGACCAAAAUUGUUCUGACAAUGUUAGCGUCGACGUAUUGUUCGAUUAAACAUCUUGUCUCUGUUGACAAUUGAGAAAGCACUGCAUGCACAUUGCUUACAUGUUGUGGCAACAGACGUGACAAAAUGUUCCCUUCAGGACAGUUUGCGUGAAUCGAACUUUUUCCGAUC